AGUUUUAGAGCUGUUUGUGUGCAGCUGGAGACUCAGAAGGACUGCGGUGUCAGCAGGGUGACUUUGUAUUUGGCUUUUCCCACUCUCAUAGUGCGCGAUUUUUGUGGGACGGAGCUUAGGAAAGACUGUGGUCCGUCCAAAAGUCUGUCCAAAAUGCAUCGCGUGUGUGGAAUAUGGGAAAAUCACAGGUGUAGAUGUGUGUGUAAUUUCGAAUUGGGAAACUGAUCCAGGAAAAAUGUGGAGAGAUGCAGAGCAGGCCCUGACUCUGAUGUGGCUCCUCUCUUGGACCUCACACAGCGUGUGUCAUUCUCCUCCGGGGAGGCCCAGACUAACAAGAUGUCGUUCACCUGAGAAAGAGACUUUCACUUGCUGGUGGGAGCCUGGAUCAACAGGUGGACUGGCCACCAGCUACCAGCUUUAUUACAGGAAAGAGAGUUCUUUGGAAGUCUUUGAAUGUCCGGAUUAUCAUAAGGCGGGAAACAAUUCCUGUUAUUUUGAUAAGCAACACACGUCUAUUUGGAUCAUAUACAACAUCACAGUGGUGGCCUCCAAUGCACUGGGAAAAGCCUAUUCGGAAUCUGUAGAAGUUGAUGUUAUGGAUAUCGUGCAGCCUCAUCCUUUAGAGGCUGUAAAUGUGACUUUCGUGCAGACCACGAACAGCCCCUAUUUCCUGGUGCAGUGGCAGCCUCCGCAUGACGCAGACACACGUUCAGGGUGGGUAACAAUCAAAUAUGAAGUUCGCCUAAAAAUUGAGAACAGCGGAGACAAGGAGGACAGCAGCUGGGAGUCAUAUAGUGCUGGAAAACAAUUGGAGUUUAGCAUCUACAGUCCGCAGCCUGGAGCAAGUUACGUUGUGCAAGUGCGCUGUAAACUAGACCACGGCCUCUGGAGUGAAUGGAGCCCCUCCGCAUUCAUCCAGGUUCCAGACAAUAUGCCUGACACACAGAAUGCCGUUAUGAUUAUCGCCGUCACGCUUACUGUCAUCAUUUUCCUGUUGACUGCAGGAGCGCUGACAGUCAAGAUGAAACCGAUGAAGCAUUUUUUACUGCCACCAGUUCCAGAACCGAAAAUUAAUGGCUUAGACACUCAGCUCCUUAAGAGUGGGAAGUCUGAGGAGAUCUUCAGUGCUCUGAUCACUCCAGGAUAUCCUCAGAUAGUCCAGAGUUCAGACCGUCAGGUGGAGUAUCUUGUGGUCUCCAACUAUGAUGAGGAAAUGGAUUUUGAUGGCAAAGCUCCUCUUGAGGACCAAAAGGGAGAAAAUCGUCCCACAGAUACUGCACAAAAGGUCUCUCAGAACAGCAUCAAGAUCUCACUGAACAGCAGUCAGGAUCUAAAUACAACACUGAGCAAAAAUGACCACUCUGGGACCGUUUCCAAUGAGCUAAGUGUCCUUGGAGAACCUCAACAACUACUUCACCUUAAGUGCAAUGGCUCACCAGUAAAAGCCCAGGACCAAAACACUCAGAUGAGCUCCAGUAGUAAUUGUGAGCACGUCAGCAUCAACACUGCUGGACUUACGGAGUACGUCGAGGUUGAUGAAGACCAGAAACCUCUGGUCAGGGAGGACUACAGUAUGGUCAGUGACGUUAUCAGUGAUAACAUCCUUGUACUACAAGACAGCAUCCCUGUAGAGGGACACAAAGAGGUCAAAUGUGACAAAACAUCUGCACCUCUGGGAUACUUGGAAACCCUGACAACAUUUUCAAGUGAAUCUUGACUGUUUUGUGACUUUGGGAUUAUAUUGUCUGGUUGUGUCCUGCUCAAACGGUCAAUCACUCUGUUAGUAGAGAUGUGAGAAGUGUUCCUUCAGCGAUCUGGGGUGCGUUUCCUGUACAGUGACAUAACUUGCUGCUAAACUACCAGUGCUAUUCAUAACUUAUUCCCAAAACUGCUGACUGAUUAUUGGAACCACAAUGAUUCAACAAUCUAGAACUGCCAUUACUGUAAUUACUUCUGCUCAUGAAUCGUUUCGGUCAAAUUAAUGUCAAAUUAUCGAUAACAAAUAUGGCAUCUGAGGACUAUAAUAUCUUUGUCAAUCACUGUAUUUCUUCAUUCGCGGUUCUCCUGGUGUCUAGAGCACAUUCACACUCUUCAAAAACUGCGCUUUCAUUCUCUUGACAAACUAAAAGACAUAGAAUUAAAUCUGUAUAUAUAUUUGUAUAUGUAUUAUAUGUCAGCUUGCUUAUUUUACUCAAGCGUAUGAUCUGUUGAUCCACAUGUCAUUCUAACAAGAAACUCUGGUUGUUAAGGAGUUUCAUCCACAUGACUUUACGAUGCCAGUUUUGUUCGGUGAAACUAUGGUUUCUGGAAACUGCAAAUUUGCAACCAUAGUUGGCUUGCAAUGUUUUUUGGGAAACACACCCGUUAUGUUGUUUGUGUCAGUCUGCACAACUGCAGAUCGAGCUUGCACAGGUUCUGUGGAUAAUUCAGGCUAAACAGCUGGAAGCUGAAGAAAUGGGUUGAAAAUUUGAUUAAAAGGAAGCGUCAUUCUGAACCAUUACAUAUUGACCGACUGCUGUUAAAAAAUACCCCACUAAAGAGCAUUAUAAUAAUUGUUAAACCUUUCAAAUAUUUCUCCAACCUACUACCUCAGUGCAGACAUCCACAAAACAUCCCACUAUGAGUUUCUGCCACUCUCUAGGGACCUGGCAGUUUUCUCAGUGCUCGCUGCUCCUGAUCUUUAAAAGUCGACUGUUGUUAAAAAUUGUCAUAGUUUAAUGGAAACACUUUAAAAUACUGGACGGCUCCUUUUGUAUAUUUAUUCACAAUGAUACUGUGAAUAUAAAAAGUGUGAGAUUUCUUUGAUCAAACACAGCUAAAGAUUUUACUGUGUAUUUAUUGAACUAGAUCUAGUAUUUGUAUGAUGCUCUCAAUCCAUUUGAUUGAAUAUUUAUAACAUUGAUUUAAUGUUAAAAUAGUUAUUGAUAUUCACACAUUUUAGGACACAUCUUUCUGAUUUAUAAUUAUCUGAACUUGAGCACUCUUCAAAGACAAAAAACAUAAUUAAGACUGUCAAAUAAUAGAUUAGAUCUGCGCAAAAGGGUAGUCAGAGCAUAUCCAAACACAAGGGCAGUAAGCCCAAAACAGCCUGGCAGGGGGGCGUAUUUAUUAUUUGUAUUUUUUGACUUUAUAUAGAGUGCCUCAGAGAAGCUAGUUAGAGCGGCAGACACAGACGGGUCAGCUGCUUUCAUCGUGGAACAUUUAUGGUCUGCAGUGCAGCAGUAAAGAGUUACUUUAAGUCAAACAUUGACUUAACACUAUAGAAGGACAAACAUUUGGUUCAGCAUGAAAGAACUAUUGUGCAGCUUUUCUGUUUUGUAUUUAUAUCAUCCAUUGUGGUAAAAAUAUGCAUUUUGUUUGUGAUGUAAAAAUGCGAUGCUUAACACUGAAAGAAAUGUAAUAUGAAGUUAUGUAAAAACUGUUUGCACAGUUGUGCAUUGGUGUUUCUAGCCUGAGUUGCUUGUAUUCUUUCACUGACAGUGGCAUGUGUAAUUCAGUUUUCUAUCCACUGCUGGACAAUGUCCUGAGAAAAUCAAAGGCUAGGAAUGAUUUUAUUUUUGACCAUAACAUUUCAAUAAACAACAGUUUUGCCUUU